GGCUUGAUGAAAGUUCCGAGCGCGGAAGUGAAGAGAAACUUUCGCGUGAAUCUCUGCAAGAGAGCGACACUUUCCGCGUCUGAGUGUGGAUAAGGAUGACAAUGAUGACACGCAUCAACCAGUCUGUUUGAGGAAAUACCGAGUUGCACUGUUCUGUGGGGCUUUAUUUCAGGUCUGAUUAUGGGGUUGCCUACUUUAGAGUUCAGUGACUCUUUUGUGGACAGUCCGGAUUUUAGAGAUAGACUUAAAUGUCACGAGAUCGAGCUGGACCGAACGAACUCGUUCAUCAAAGAGCUGAUUAAAGAUGGACACCAGCUGGUCUGCGCGCUCAAGAACCUCUCGGCAGCCGUGCAGAAAUUCUCCCAGUCUUUACAGGAGUUCCAGUUUGAGUGCAUUGGUGACGCAGAAACGGAUGAUGAAGUAAACAUCGCUCAGUCCUUCAAAGAGUUUUCCAAGCUGCUGAGCACCAUGGAAGAGGAGAGAAGGCGGCUGAUCCAGAAUGCCGAUGAUGUUCUGAUCACACCCUUGGAGAGAUUCCGGAAAGAGCAGAUUGGAGCAGCCAAGGAGGGGAAGAAGAAAUUUGACAAGGAGGCGGAAAAGUACUAUUCCUCACUGGAAAAACAUCUCAACCUGUCGUCCAGAAAAAAAGAAUCGGCUCUCCAAGAGGCUGAUGCCCAGAUUGAUAAGGAAAGGCAGCUCUUUUAUGAUGCCUCUCUAGAAUACGUCUUCAAAAUCCAGGUGGUUCAAGAGAAGAAGAAAUUUGAAUUUGUUGAGCCGCUCUUGGCCUUCCUACAGGGUCUGUUCACAUUCUACCAUGAGGGUUAUGAGCUGGCCCACGAUUUUGAGCCCUACAAACAACAGCUACAGUUUAACCUACAGAAUACAAGAAACAACUUUCUGAGCACCAAGCAAGAAGUAGAAAAUCUGAUGAACAGAGUCCGAUCUGCAGAUCAAGACCAGAAUCCCCCUGGCCAGUGGACAAUGGAAGGCUACCUCUAUAUCCAGGAGAAACGGCCGUUGGGAUGCACAUGGACACGCCAUUUUUGUACAUUUGAAAAAGGCUGCAACACAUUCAGCAUGUGCAACACAGAGGCAAAACCCACAGCUAAACAGAACGGAGUCAUGUCAAAUCCCACAGAGAAGUUCAGACUGAAGUCCUGUAUCAGGAGGAAGACUGACUCGAUUGAUAAGCGCUUCUGUUUUGACAUUGAGGUGGUUGAAAGAAAUACCAUCUAUCGUGGAUCUCUUUUCAGACCACUGCAAUUUUUCUGUAAAGCCCGGCAUGGCAUUAUCACUCUACAAGCGCUGUCUGAGUCCAACAGGAGACUCUGGCUGGAAGCUAUGGAUGGCAAAGAGCCGAUCUACAACCUUCCUGCUAUUCUGAGCAAGAAAGAGGAGACAUAUUUAAAUGAAGCUGGCUUUAAUUUUGUGAGGAAGUGUAUACAGCUGGUGGAGGUGAGAGGGCUCAACACAAUGGGUUUGUACAGAGUCGGUGGAAUAAACUCAAAAGUGCAGAAGCUCAUGUCCACAGUCUUCUCACACAAAGCAGCAUCAGAUAUGGAUCUGGACCCAGAUACCUGGGACAAUAAAACCAUCACCAGCGGCCUCAAAAAUUACCUGAGGUGUCUCAUUGACCCUCUCAUGACAUACAAGCUCCACUCAGACUUCCUCUUGGCUGUCAAAUCUGAUGAUCAGAACUACAGAGUGUGUGCAGUUCACGCGCUGGUGCAUAAACUACCUGACAAAAACAAAGAGAUGCUGGAGAUAUUAAUCAAACAUCUACUCAAUGUGUCCACUCACAGUGAGAGCAACAGGAUGACCGUGUCCAAUCUGGGAGUGAUCUUUGGCCCUACACUCAUGCGCUCACAGGAAGAAACAGUUGCUGCCAUGAUGAACAUCAAAUUCCAAAAUGUCGUGGUAGAAAUUCUCAUUGAAAAUUUUGAAAAGAUAUUUCAUCAAGCGCCGGAACCUAAUGUUCCCCUGCCACAGCUUCAUUCUCGUUCGGAGUCUCGCAGGAGCAGAGCCAUCUGUCUCUCAUCUGGCCCACGCAAGCCCAAGAGCCUCUACACACCCUCAAUGUGCCUGGCAGAUGCAGACACACAUGUUCAUACUCCCCCUGCAGGUGACACGUUCAGCAGUAGUUCAGGCAGCACUCCAAUCGGCAGCAUGGACUCCCUCUCCUCCCACUCCUCAGAGCAGAACAGCUCCUCCAAAACCUGCUCCUCUCCACAGCCCAAAGACAAGCCCCCCUUCCCCGGCCUGCGACAUGUCCCUUCCUCCCUGUCCUCCGACGAGCCGCAGGGCCCCACUUGCACCAGCAGUCCAGACUCCAGCUCAAGAGAGGACACGGGCCGUGUGGAUUGGGAGGUGUCAUGUAGGGUGAACGCAGCUUCAGCUGCUGCCAGUUCUUCACCAGCACCCAGAAAGGCUCCUCACUCUGAAGUAGGAAUCAAAUCAGCACAGCUUAACCGCUCGAACGCCCCAUCUCUAAGAUCUUUACACAUCAUAGAAGGGCUCUCUGGAGGUCGUAAGAGCUGUAUGGGGUCUGCACAGAAUCUAGCAUCCACCCCCUACCACGAUCUGCCACCUAAAAUGGUCCUGCGCCGAAAGCUGGAGAACAACAACUCUACCAACUGCUAUCAGAGACCAGGAUCAGUGGCUGCCAGAGCGAUGCUUUUUGAGAACCCAUCAGCUGUAAAACCUCCUCCCUUGGGAAGAGAUGCCAAAGCCAUAUAUUCAUGUGAAGCUGAAAACAGCAAUGAGCUGAGCUUCCCACAGGGGGCUCACUUCUCCAACGUGUAUCCUUCAGUGGAACCGGGCUGGCUCCAGGCAACAUUUGAGGGCAAAACAGGCCUCAUUCCUGAAAAUUAUGUGGUGUUCCUCUGACAGCGUCCAACCAAGGAGGCCCAAGCAUUUCAUGGUAUCCAUGGUAACAUCAAUUUUAGACCAAGGGCUUUAAAUGUAUAUCAGUCAUUGACAGAUAUGUAAGUGGAAUUUAUGUAAGUGAAAUUAAGAGCUCAUGGAUGGUACAAAAAAACCACAAUGAUGCAGCACAAGGGUGAUUGAUAUCUGAAUCACGGCUGUAAUUCUAGACAACUGGCUUCCAAAGCUUUUGCUGAGGCUAAAAUGUUGAAAUGAACUUCAUGUGCUGCUUGAGUCCAGAUAAACAAAUUCACAUACACUGAGAUCAGGAGGUGUGAUGGACUGCACUAAAUGGUCCUUUUAGGUCUACUAUGUGGUGGAAUACUGUAAUUCUGUUAAGAAAGGUCAGAUAAUAAGUCUAAAAGACAGAUUUUCUUUUAUUUUAGCUCAAUGCUAACUGCCUUGAAAUGAUAGAGAAGAAUGUUAAACCUCAGCAGUAACUAUUUGAGCUGUGAAUCACUGUAAUCUUUAACUCAGUUCAGCAGAAACUCUGCUUUGUGUGGUUUAUUUUUUAUCGUGAAUGUACUUGGUUUUACUGUCAUUCUUUUUCAGAAGGCUUAGACCACAAUUGUUAGGAUUUUUUAACAUUUUAAACAGCUAAAUUAAACAAACAAGAUGAACACA